AUGACAGUGAGAAGACAGAUGGAGGUAUCCUCUGUGCUUCCCUGCAAGGGGUGUACCCCCUGGCAGGGGCUCCUGCUCACAGCCUCCCUUUUAACCUGCUGGCUCCUGCCCGCCACUGCCCAGGUCACCAUUGAAUCGGUGCCACCCAAUGCAGUUCAAGGAGAAAAUGUCCUUCUUUUUGUCAACAAUCUGCCAGAGGAUAUUAUAGCCUUAGCCUGGUACAGAGGGCUGAAGAAAAUUGUCAUAUACAUACUGAACACUAACGUAAGUGUGACAGGGUCCAUGUACAGCGGUAGAGAGAUAACGUCCAGCAACGGGUCCCUGUGGAUCCACAAUGUCACCCAGAAGGACACAGGAGUCUACACCUUGCGAACUGUAAAUAGACGUGGAGAAAUUGUAUCAACAACAUCCAUGUAUCUCUACGUGCACACCUCUCAUUUCAUCUGUGGGCGUCCUUAUCAACCUGCACAGCUCACUAUCGAAUCAGUGCCACCCCGUGUGGCUGAAGGCGGAAGCGUUCUUCUCCUUGUUCACAAUCUCCAGGAUAAGCUUCGAGGGCUUUCCUGGUACAAAGGGGCAUCUGUGUCUAGGAAAUUUGAGAUUGCCCGACAGAUAAUAGCCAAGAAUUCAAGUGUGCUGGGCCCCGCUCACAGUGGUAGAGAGACAGUGUACAGCAAUGGAUCCCUGCUGCUCCAGAAUGUCACCGGGAAUGACACCGGAUUCUACACCCUACGAAUUCUGAGUAGACAUCGGAAAAUGAAAUUAGCACAUGUGCAGCUUCAGGUGAACACCUCCCUUUCCACGUGCUGUGACCCUGCUACCUCUGGCCCACUCAUGAUCGAUCCAGUGCCACGGCACGCUGCUGAAGGGGAAAGCAUCCUUCUCCGUGUUCUUAAUCUGCCAGAAGAUUUCCAAAUUUUUUGCUGGUACAAAGGAGUGUCUACCUUUCAGGUCUUUAAAAUUGCAGAAUAUAGCAGACCCAGGAACUCCAUCACCAAGGGGCCUGCACAAACCAGAACAGCGACAGUGUACACCAACGGAUCCCUGCUGCUCCAGGAUGUCACUGAGAAAGACACGGGCUUGUACACACUACAGGUGAUAGACAGAAAUUUCAAAAUUGAAAAAGCACAUGUGCAAAUCCACGUGAACAAGCCUGUGGAACAGCCCUUCAUAAGAGUCACUGAGUCAACAGUCAGAGUGCAGCGCUCGGUGGUCUUCACUUGCUUCUCAGAGAACACUGGGAUCUCCAUCCGUUGGCUCUUCAAUAAUCAGAGUGUGCAGCUCACAGAAAGAAUCACACUUUCUCCAACAAAGUGCCAACUCAGGAUACAUACUGUCGGGAAGGAGGAUGCUGGAGAGUAUCAAUGUGAGGCCUUCAACCUUGUCAGCACGAAGAAGAGUCACCCAGUCAGCCUGGCCCUGAUGAAUGAGUGA